AUGGCGGUCAAGCUCGACAUGAGCAAGGCUUACGACCGGGUAGAAUGGAGAUUUUUGGCGGCAGCUAUGAAGGGUAUGGGCUUUGACGAGCGGUGGAUUAGAUUGAUUAUGAUGUGUGUAACCUCGACAAAGUAUGCAAUUUUGGUUAAUGGUUCUCCUUGGGGCAAUAUAAUUCCUUCAAGAGGCCUAAGACAGGGAGACCCUAUAUCUCCAUAUCUGUUCCUAAUCUGUGCGGAGGCGCUAAGUGCCAUGUUGACAAAUGCCCAUUAUGACAGGAGGCUGUCGGGUGUUCCUACCUCCCGACGAGGUCCCCUUAUUAGUCACCUGUUUUUUGCAGAUGACAGUUUACUAUUUUGCAGGUCUACUCAAUCCCAAUGGCAGGCCAUGACGGAGAUUUUGAAGAUAUAUGAAGGGGCAUCCGGACAAAAAAUGAAUGAAAAUAAGACCUCCAUCUUUUUCAGUAAAAAUACUCCAUUUGGGGAUCGUCGACAGAUUUUGGAGUUAGCUGGAAUACCCUCCACUCAACGAUAUGAAAAAUAUUUGAGGUUACCAACACUUGUGGGGAAAUCGAGAACGGCGGCUUUUCGAAGCAUUAUCGAGCGGAUAUGGAAACGCCUCCAAGACUGGAAACUUCAGUUCCUCUCUCAAGCUGGAAAAGAGGUGUGGAGAAUGUGGGAGUCGCCGGACAGCUUUAUUGCAAAAAUUAUGAAAGCAAAGUACUUCCCAAACUGUUCUAUCCUAGAUGCCCCAAAGGGGAAACGGCCUUCUUUUGCUUGGCGGAGCAUCCAAAGCACGUGUGAUAUCGUUCGGGAGGGUCUUAUAUGGAGAGUGGGAAAUGGGGAGAAGAUUCGCAUAUGGCAAGACAAAUGGCUUCACAAUCCGAACGACUACAUGAUACAAUCCCAACCGACAGUGCUUGCCCCGACGGCUCGGGUGUGUGAACUUGUGGAUAGAGACACCAAAUGGUGGAAAACCAACCUCAUCGAACAGAUUUUUUCUCCGGCAGAAGUUAAAAUGAUUCUAGCCAUCCCCCUUAGUAGCAGAAAUCAAGAAGAUUGUAUGGUGUGGAGGGGUACGGUGAAGGGGGAAUUUUCGGUUCGCAGUGCUUACCAUUUGCAAAAGAAGAAGGAGGAAGAGGGACGUGGAGAAUGCUCAAUACGCAGUUCUAGUAGAGCCGUGUGGAAGCUGAUCUGGAAAUUAAAGGUACCAAGUGUGGAACAAAAUUUUCUUUGGAAGGCUUGCCAGGAUAUAUUACCCACCAGAGAAAACCUCCACAAGCGACACAUCAUAGACGACCCAGGGUGCCCUAUAUGUGGCCUAGAGGUUGAGACGGUCUUCCAUAUUCUAUGGAGAUGCCCAUCAGCUAUGGAUGUGUGGGGUGAAGGGGAUCGUAAAUUUCAGAAAAGCUCCCUCAAUGGUCCUCAAUUUGUCCAAGUUGUGGAAAGAAUGUUCCAAGUAUGUAAUCUGGAUGAAAUGAGACUGUUCGUUGGAUUGGCAAGGCGGAUAUGGUUACGAAGAAAUGAGGUGAUACAUGGAGGUUCUUUUGCCUCUCCGAAAGAGCUGCUUAUACGUACAAGGGGGGCUCUAUUAGAUUUCCAACAAGCCAACGAGACGCCAGUUGUGCCGGGGAUACCAGCCAGGCCAGUUCAGAGGACUUAUUGGACUGGGAGUGUUACUGCGAGACCACAAAGGGAAGAUGAUUAUGGCAAGAAGUCUCACACGACGGGGUUAUCUUAG